CCGCAGCCGCACCGGCACCGGGCUGCGAGCGGCGGCGGGGCCCGGAGAGCGGCGAGGGCGAACCGGGGCAGCGCCGCCUCCUUCCUCCUCCUCCUCCUCCUCUUCUCCUCCUCCUCCUUCCAGCCGGUGCCGCGGAGCGCAGGAGCCACCGGGGGCGGGAGCGGCCCCGCAUGCGGCCGGUGCCCGCGGGGGGAUGCGCCGCGCCCCGGCCCCGCCGCCGCCGCCGCCGCCGCAAACUUUCCGCGGGGCCGUGAACCGGCAGGAGGAGGAGGAGGAGGAGGAGAGCGACAAAUCCCUGAGGGGGCGACCCCAAAAAAAUCCCUAAAAAACUACCCCAAAAAGCGGAGCUUUUCCCGGCCGGCGGUUCCUCGGUAAAACUUACCGAACUCGGCGCGGGGAAGCACCGGGAGGGGAAGAACCGGGAGGGGAAGCACCGGGAGCAGAACCAGCACCGGGAGGGGAAGAACCGGGAGAAGAACCGUGAGGAAAAGAACCAGAGAGCAGAACCGUGAGAAGAACCGUGAGGAGAAGAACGGGGGGAAGAACCAGGAGCAGAAGCAGCACCGGGAGCAGAAGCACCGGGAGCAGAAGCAGCACCGGGCGGACAAGAACCGGGAGGAGAAAAAGCACCGGGAGGAGCAGCAGCACCGGCAGGCUCCGCUCGAUGCGGCGCUGAGCCCCCGCGGCCCCGCGGAGCCAUGGCCAUGGUGGCCGGCGCUUGGGGCGAACCGAACGGUGGCGGAGCCGGUGGCACCGGGGGCGGCGGCGGCGGCGGAGCGGAGGAGGCGGCGUCCCCCGGCGGCGGCGGCAGCGACGCGGAGCACGGCGAGGAGGAGCGGCCCGGGGCCGGCGCGGACUGCGUGGUGUGCGGGGACAAAUCCAGCGGGAAGCACUACGGCGUUUUCACCUGCGAGGGCUGCAAGAGCUUCUUCAAGCGCAGCAUCCGCAGGAACCUCAGCUACACCUGCAGGUCCAACCGGGAUUGCCAGAUUGACCAACACCACCGGAACCAGUGCCAGUACUGCCGCCUCAAGAAGUGCUUCCGAGUGGGCAUGAGGAAGGAAGCCGUGCAGCGGGGCCGAAUUCCCCCCAGCCACUCCAGCAGCAGCCCCAAUCCCCUCCCAGCUGGCGACUUCUUCAACGGGCAGCCGGUGUCGGAGCUGAUCUCGCAGCUGCUGCGCGCCGAACCCUACCCGGCGGCACGCUACGGCUCGCAGUACGCGCAGCAGCAGCAGCCGCCGGGCAGCGUCAUGGGCAUCGACAACAUCUGCGAGCUGGCCGCCCGCCUGCUCUUCAGCACGGUGGAGUGGGCGCGGAACAUCCCCUUCUUCCCCGAGCUGCCCGUGUCUGACCAGGUGGCCCUGCUGCGGCUGAGCUGGAGCGAGCUGUUCGUGCUGAACGCGGCGCAGUCGGCGCUGCCGCUGCACAUGGCGCCGCUGCUGGCGGCCGCCGGCUUCCACGCCUCGCCCAUGUCGGCAGAGAGGGUGGUGGCCUUCAUGGAUCAGAUCCGGGUCUUCCAGGAGCAGGUGGAGAAGCUCAACCGGCUGCAGGUGGACUCGGCCGAGUACAGCUGCCUCAAGGCCAUUGCCCUCUUCACACCCGAUGCCUGCGGGCUGUCGGACCCGGCGCACGUGGAGACGCUGCAGGAGAAGGCGCAGGUGGCGCUGACCGAGUACGAGCGCUCACAGUUCCCGUCGCAGCCGCAGCGCUUCGGGCGGCUCCUGCUGCGGCUGCCCGCGCUGCGCGCCGUGCCCGCCGCCCUCAUCUCACAGCUCUUCUUCAUGCGCCUGGUGGGCAAGACACCCAUCGAGACCCUGAUCCGCGACAUGCUGCUGUCCGGCAGCACCUUCAACUGGCCCUACGGCGCCGGGCAGUAGGGACGGAUGGACGCACGGACGGACAGCAGGAUGGAUGGACGGACGCACGGACAGAUGGGCAGUGGGACAGAUGGAUGUACUGCGGGACGGAUGGACAGCGGGACAAGCCAGACAGCAGGACAGAUGGAUAGUGGGAUGGGCCGGAGAACAAGAUGGGCCGGACAAUGGGAUGGGCCUGAAAAUGGGAUGGGCCAGAUAAUGGGACAGGGCGGACAGUAGG